GCGCCGAGAGACAGAAAAGGCCGGGGCGGCUGGGCGAUGACACGCGCUUCUGCUCCGGGAUGGAGGGGCCGGGGCAGCCAGAGCCUGAAGAAUUAGGAAUGACUGAAGUGCAGGAGCCUGUCGAAUCACCAGCAGCAGUGAUUGAGUCACCUGGGGACCAGUCACCUAUAGUUGAAUUACCGACAUCAGUGGACCAGUCACCUAUAGUCAAAUUGCCAACCUCCGUGGACCAGUUACCUACAGAUGAAUUGCCAGAAUCUGUGGGCAGAUUACUCAUGGUUGAAUUGCCAGAGGCCAAGGCUGAAUCAUCCGUGGCUGAAUUGCCAGCUGUAGCCCAAGUACCUGUGUAUGAAUUGUCACCAUUUGUGGGCAAGCCACCUGUGGCUGAACCAGCAGAGACUGUAGUCGAAACACCUGUGGCUGAAUCAGCAGCAGUGGUCAAAUCACCAGAAGCUGAAGAGCCUAUGGUGUAUGAAGACCCCUUUGAAGUUUCCCUUAUGUACAUGGAGAAACAUAACAUUCUGCAGAUAUUUCAGGAGAUCACUGAAAACUUGGUGUAUGAGAAGCCUGAUGACCCCUUGCAGUUCAUGUUGCUGCAGGUACAGUCCAUGAUGAACAAGCAGCUGGAAAUGGAGGAGGAAGAGGAGGAGCUGGGUGGUGACAGCUUCUACACAGCAGAGGACUUUCCUGGUGGCCACCAGUGACCUUGGCAACAUAGUUGUUAGCACAGGGCCUCUGGCUAGCACUGCACUCUCACGCUUGGUGGAAGUGGUUUUGAACAGAUCUGAUGGUAACUGAGCUCCCUGACUUCUCUUGUUCUGGGUACUGCGCUUCCAACUGCUUGUAAAUUAUGCAACUGCAUGUUAUUAAUGAUACACAAACCUCCUAAGAAACACACACACAACCCCCUGAGCUUUCCUGCCAAACCCACCACACAGCUUGUACACACAGAGGCUACAUUUCUGUGCACACAGACCCUGCAGCUCUGAUCACACAUAUGCCCAGACAACAGCACAAACCCACAGCAAUCAGACUUAAUGGCUAUAGACUCAGCCAGCCCUUGAACACUUAUACACAUCUCUACCUUCUCUGUUCUUUUUUUUGGUGGGGUGCAGUCUGUUCCAAGCUGUCAUAACAAUCCACUAUGUAACAGUUUGGAACUCCAGUGUCCACACUGGGAGGGGACUUUCUCUGUCCCUCUCCCUCCCAGAAUCCCCUUGCCCCACACUGGAAGGGACGGUUUCCCCCUCAGCUAUCCCUGCUGAGUUCAGAUCACUCUGUCCUUUUGUAUUCUUCUCUUUCUCACGGCAUGUACAAUUCCUGUACACACACAACUAGAAGGUGAAGUUAAGGUUGCAGAGACGUGUGGUUUCAGAGCAUAUCACCUCUUAAAAACAAUAGUUGAAUAAAAAACAAAAACAAGUGUUAGAAACCCAGGAAAUUUAUAGAGUUAAAGGGUACUUCUCAAACAAGUAAAUCAAAUUACUGUUAUCUGUCAUUCAAGUUACUUAUACGUAGGAUGACCAUAUUUCCCAAAGGAAAACGGGACACCAUGCAUGGCUGGCCCAAGCACC